AUGCUAUCCGCCAACUUCAAGCUCGUACUCGCCGCGGUCUCCCUCGCCGCCUCCGUCCGUGGUUGGACAGGCGGUCAUCGCGACGUACAUCCUCACGAAUCACAUGAACGCGAAGUACGUGAACUGCGUGCACGGAAUAUUGUCUAUAAUGGACAAAUCGCCUCGGAAUACGACUACGUCAUUGCUGGCGGAGGGACGGCCGGCCUCGUGCUCGCUGCUCGCCUUUCGGAGGACGCGAACGCGACCGUCCUCGUCUUGGAGGCAGGGGACACCGGCGAUGCCGUGAAGAGCUCUAUUGACGUUCCCGGUAAUGCGUACUACUCCUCCCUUCUCGGCACCUCUUACGACUGGGGAUACACUACCGUCCCUCAGCCGUCCGCGAACAACCGGGCUCUCUCGUGGUCCCGCGGCAAAGUACUCGGUGGCUCGUCCGCGGUCAACGGUCUCUACGCCGUUCGCCCUUCCGAACUCGAGGUCAACGCUUGGUCGAACCUCAUCUCCGGAACUGGAUCCACCCCUUGGACCUGGGCCAGUCUCUUCAACGCGAUGAAGAAGAGCGAGGACUUCCACCCGCCUAGCGACGAGAUUCAGCAGGAGGGCUCGAUCCAAUACAGCAUGGACGCGCACGGGACCAGUGGACCAGUGCAGGUCUCGUACCCCGGAUACAUCGUCCCCGUGGUCGGCAACUGGACAACCACCCUGGAGGCUAUCGGCAUUCCUCGAAGCCCAGACGCUAACUCCGGCGAAGGCUGGGGUGCAUUUGUCGCUACUUCCACCAUCAAUCCCGCCAACUGGACGCGUUCGUACGCGCGGUCCGCCUACAUCGAUCCUCUCCCACCCCGGUCUAACCUCGACAUCCUCGCUAACGCGACCGUCACCCGGCUAAUCUUCAAUGGCACAAACUCUGAAGGCAACAUGACGGCGAACGGCGUCGAAUAUGCUGCGACCAGAGACGGAGACAGGAAGACCGUCAGCGUCAGGCGUGAAGUGAUCGUUGCUGGAGGCGCCAUCGGCAGCCCGCAAAUAUUGCAGUUGAGCGGCGUCGGGCCAAAGGACGUCCUCGAUGCAGCCGGCGUCGAGGUUCAGCAUGAACUGCCCGGUGUCGGCCAGCACCUGCAAGACCAUCUCAGCUCUUCCGUGAUUUGGAAAACCUCCGCCGAUACAGCCGCCUCGCUGCACCAGAGCAACAUCACGAACCUGCCCGGCGGCACAUCGUCGCCCUUCCUCUCGUUCAUCAACUCCGCCACGGCCUACGCCAACGUUACAGACCUUGUCGGCCCCGACUUCGCCUCCACCUUCCAAUCCGAGAUCGCCGCCAACCUCUCCUCCGCUGCGUCCAACCUUGUGCCGUCGACGGACGCGACCGUGAUCGAGGGCUACAAGGCCAUCUACAACGUGAACGUAAACUCCCUCCUCACCUCCGCCGUUGGCCAGAUCGAGCUCUUGCUCUCCCUUACCGGUACCGCCGUCGGCGGAUCUCAGUCGAUCGCGAUCCAAGCCGCGCUCCAGCACCCCUUCUCUCAAGGCCGUGUCUACAUCAACUCGUCCGAUCCGUUCGACAAGCCCGUCAUCGACCCGCAGUAUCUCUCGCAUUACGCUGACACGGUGAUGCUCCGCGAGGGCCUCAAGCUCGCGCGUAAGCUCGGCAACGCAGCGCCGCUCUCGACUGCGAUGAUGUCUGAGCUCAUGCCGGGCGACUCGGUCUCCUCCGACGCCGACUGGGACGCGUACGUCGCUUCUUCGUCCGGAACGGAGUACCAUCCCUCGUGCUCGUGCGCCAUGCUCCCGCUGUCCCAGGGCGGCGUCGUCAACGCGGAUCUCAAGGUAUACGGCCUCGGCAACGUCCGCGUCGUCGACGCGUCGGUGUUCCCGAUCGAGUUUGCCGCCCAUCUGCAGAUGCCGGUCUACGGUCUCGCGGAACAGGCCGCGAGCAUCAUCCGCGCGGAAUGGAACGGGGGCGAGGUGCCGAGCGCCAGCGCCACGGGCACUGCGACCGUCUCCGCGAGCAGUACGGCUUCCACCACCACCUCGACGACGAAGAAGUCAGCUGGAGGCAGACUAUCCACGAGCCAUGUCACGAUCUCCGUCAUUAUCGUCGCUGCUAUGGCCGCCUUAUUAUAA